GUUUUGUACUUGGCUGACUGUCACCAUAUUGUGAGCUAUUCAUCACUCAUGGAAUGAUGGAAGGGGUUUAUUUGAGUUCACCCUGCACAAAGUGCAGUUUGGGUGUUAAAUGGAUAUUUGCUUAUGUGAAUCAUCAGUAGCAAGCACAGAAUGUGAACAAAAACAUUUUUCAGUUUGAAUGCAAAGGUUACAAUAAAAGGCCUUCAUGAAAUGAAUUAUUUAUUCAACAAAUAUUUGGAUUACAACUUGUAUCAUUGGCAACCAUGGGAGACAAACUUUUUUGAAUGAAGUGUUAAUCAAGUGUUAAAAUUAACUGCUCUUCAGUAACCCAGUACUGUCAGUUGUCUCCGUAGGCGUGUGGUCUAAGUGGCUGGGUUAAAACUGGUAGUGAUCAGGCAGACCGAAUACAAUAAGAGCUUUUGUCAGAAUACUUUUUUCUAUGAAAAGUAUGAGAAUGAGCAUAUGUGCAAGUCAGAUUUCCAGAGAGAUUUCCUUGCAGACCAAUGAAACUGCCUCAUUAAUUUGUUAUGAUUACACGAUUUUCCUCAUCAAAUUGUCCACGGUACAAGGGUGAGUGUAUGUUUGACGCCCCUCCUGCCACUGUAUUUCGUUACGUCGACCCCCUACCUGAUAGCGCUCGCGAGAAGUGGGACUCCAAUAUGAAGAAGAUAGAAACUCUGGAAUGGCUUCAGAAGGACAAGUUGCGGAUCAACCGAGCAUGUACAGCAAGCGCGAUGAUGGGGCUGAUCUCGCCACGCGACUUUGUUGACCUCAUUCUUAACAAGGAGACUGACUCCUACCUAUCCACCAAUGCUGUGAGUAUUCGCUACUCAAAGUGUGCAGAGGAGAAGAAGUAUGUACGUGGGUGGAACUACCCGUGCGGCCUUAUCUGUGAGAAAGUGGAAGGAGAGCCAAACAAAACAAAGCUAGUCAGCCUGAUUCAGCCAGACAUCGGGGGCAUGUUGCCACGGACCAUGGUUGACUCGGCGAUUCCAUCAUCCAUGACUUCAUUCUUCUCUGAACUGAAAGAGGCCCUGAAGAAAGAUGGUAUCUCCAGUUGAACAAAUCCAUAUGGCUAGAUACUUAUCAUCUUCUCAACAACUACCAACAUUUUGUUACACAUCCAUAUUCUUAUUAUUUAUUCAAAAAGUCAGUGAUAUUUAGUUACGGUAUAUAAGACAAACCAUCCCUUAUAUCAUUACGUUUAUAUUGUAUACUGUUUGAAUAGUUCAGUAAAAAGAACACUUUUUUGUUUGGGACACAGCUCAGAUAGUUGUCAAGAAUCAUUGUUUGAUGGGUUAUGCAAGAGUUUCCAUAAAAAAGUUAUGCUGUUCUUGGAUCUUGUCUGGAGUAUUCUCUGUUAUGGAAUUUGUCAAAAAGGCUCCUAAUUAUUUUAUUUAUUUGUGUACUCAGUCUCGCCAUCCAGAUUUUUUUCAAGGUUAAUUGCCUUCUAAUUGCAUAUCCACUGACAACUCUUUGUUGAGAAUUGCAACCACUAUGCCAUCAGCAUUUAACUUGCAGCUCUCAGCCAACUUUAAAAACUCCUGUUGAAAGAUUCAACUGAUUUGCUGCUUUUUUCUCCAGAGUUGGAUAUUGGUCUUACAUGAGUAAUGUUCUUUUUAGAUGUGAAAUGUCCAUUGAAUUUACCCAACACGGUAUCAUAUUUAUUUUGAUCAUCUGCCAAAAGUUCUAGAUAAAUGUUCAGGGUAUUUUGCUAUGGAAUAUAUUGAAGAUGAAAUUUACACAUCUACUUUGUGCAAUUUUGAAGCUGUUUUUAUAGCGUAUACAAACGGUUUCUCCAAUCAUUCCCUUUUGUCAGCAGUGAAAAGUCAAAAUCUGGCGUAUGAAAUUUGUUCAUUUUGUAAUCUGUGAUUUAAUCUGGUGGUCCUGAAAAACUAUUUCAGUAGCGCUGAAUAUUUUCUUUUAUUUUUCGAAUUAUUUCCAUGCUCAAUAGCAGUAGAUUUCAUCCCUUUUCUGACACCAUGUCAUGAAAUUGGGUGGGCAGUUCAGAGUUUUAUACUGACAGUUAUUACUUUAAUACUUAGUAACUAGGGAUGGCAACGAGUAGUAAAAUUAAUACUUGAGUACUCGGACGAUCGUUCGAUCGAGUACUCAGGUACUCGAUUACUUGGAAAAAUUGAAUAUGUGUUCGCAAAGACAAGAUUGUGUAUACAUGUAUCGUUAAAGAUAUUUUGGUAAUUCACAUCUUAAUGUGUUGUUUUGGCAAAACUAUUUUGGAAAGAAACAUGAAUGUGCUUAGAUAUGUUUCGUCCAUUUUGUCUAGGUUUCUGGAAUAAUAAUAUCCUACAGUUCCCAGUCAUGAUUUUACUGAGAUUCAAACAGCAUUGCCCUACUUGUCCAACAGCAUUGCCCUACUUUUAAUGAUGUGUUUAUCAACCAGCAUUAGUGCCACAGUUGACUGACCUAUCCAUGGGCCUUAUUCACGUAUAUAUCUUAGCCUCAAAUGUAGACUUAGAACUCAAGACUAUGACAUUGGGCUGUAAAGCGGUGUUCACUAAUGUUUAUAAAAAAUGUACCUGAAUACCGCCCCAGGCUCCUGACAGAAUAGGCUUUAUAUUUUAUAGAAAGGCAGAACUAAAGAUUUAAUGAUAUGUCCCGACUCAUUGAUAUCUUUUUAUUUUUUAUAAAAAACCUCUGUUAGUUUAAAUCAACAACAGCAUGUAUUUCAUGAUGGGUUUCUAUUAUGUGUCAAAACUUAAAUAAAGAUAUGUAUUUUUAAUGAAAAAUAUUCUUUGAAGAUGAAAAAAAUAUUGAUAAAGCUAUUCUAUUAUAUCAGACAUUCUGUAUAUAAAAUUAUGUUUCUUAUGAUGAAAAAAAAACUGUAAUUAUUGUUGACAAAAUUACGUUUGUAAUUGGUAGUGCUUCUGUUGAAAUGUAGUGUGUUGUUCUCUUGUUUCAUGUUAGAAGUUUUAGUGCCAAAUAUACCAAAAAAUAUACAGUACUUAUCAUGACACAUUUCUACUAUCGACUGUAUUUUACAUUUACAUUGUGAAAGGAUGUUUAAUACUUGUUGUGACUUUGGAUUCUAAAUAAGUUAUUUUGUUUUAGGAUCCAAUAAUAUUAAGGACAUAUACCUGGUGAUAAGUAACAAAAAGGCAUAUUAAGUAGUGCACAUUUAUUUUAUCAACAGUGGGUCGUUUGGAGUUUAAAGACAGAGACCAGCAGCACUGGUUGAUUCUCAAAGCCAACCCAUGUACCCUGAUAACAAACCCUGGUUAAGCCUCACUGGCUAUAAUAAACAAUGAUUAUAUCUCAAUGACCACCUCUGUCAACUCCUGUACCGGAAUAGUAAAGCCUGGUUAACUCACAGUGCCCACCUCUGUAACCGUUGUACCCAAAUAGUUAACCCUGGUUAACUCACAGUGUUCACCUCUGAAAACCAAUUUACCCCUUUUACAUAAAUAGUAAUCUUUGGUUAACUCACAGUGCCUUCCUCUGUAACCCUUGUACCCAAAUAGUAAACCCUGGUUAACUCACAGUGCCCACCUCUGAAAACCAAUUUACCCCUUUUACCUAAAUAGUAAACUUUGGUUAACUCACAGUGUCCACCUCUGUUAAAUCUUGUACCAAAAUAGUAAAGCCAGGUUUACUCACAGUGCCCACUUCUGGUAACCUUUGUACCGGAAUAGUAAACCCUUGUUAACCCACAGUGCCCACCUCUGUCAACCCAUGUACUGGAAUAGUAAACCCUGGUUAACCCACAGUGCCCACCUCUGUCAACCCAUGUACUGGAAUAGUAAACCCUGGUUAACUCACAGUGCCCACCUCUGUCAACCCAUGUACUGGAAUAGUAAACCCUGGUUAACUCACAGUGCCCACCUCUGUCAACCCAUGUACUGGAAUAGUAAACCCUGGUUAACUCACAGUGCCCACCUCUGUCAACCCAUGUACUGGAAUAGUAAACCCUGGUUAACUCACAGUGCCCACCUCUGUCAACCCAUGUACUGGAAUAGUAAACCCUGGUUAACUCACAGUGCCCACCUCUGUCAACCCAUGUACCGGAAUAGUAAAACCUGGUUAAUUCACAGUGCCCACCUCUGUCAACCCAUGUACCGGAAUAGUAAACCCUGGUUAACUCUCAGUGCCCACCUCUGUCAACCCAUGUACCGGAAUAGUAAAACCUGGUUAACUCACAGUGCCCACCUCUGUCAACCCAUGUACUGGAAUAGUAAACCCUGGUUUACUCACAGUGCCCACCUCUGUCAACCCAUAUACUGGAAUAGUAAACCCUGGUUAACUCACAGUGCCCACCUCUGUCAACCCAUGUACUGGAAUAGUAAACCCUGGUUAACUCUCAGUGCCCACCUCUGUCAACCCAUGUACUGGAAUAGUAAACCCUGGUUAACUCUCAGUGCCCACCUCUGUCAACCCAUGUACUGGAAUAGUAAACCCUGGUUAACCCACAGUGCCCACCUCUGUCAUGAGCGAUUAAAGUAUAAAAAAACUUGAUAAACUCUCUGAUAAAUGAUUAUAGUAUAUAAAUAUUUUCAUUUUUUGGGAAGUACGGAUCCAUUUUUUAUACCGGUAGUUUGAUAUGCUCAUGAAUUGUUACGUUGAAAACUUUGUAAUUACAUGUUUUCAUAGAUACCUAAGUCAGAAGUAGUCCUUGUUGCGAAGAUGUAAAAUUGCCAGUGUUUAUGUCAGUGCAUUAUUUUCAAUGUGCUUUAGAUAUUGUGUUGGCUUGAUCAUUGAUGGUACUGUCUCUACAUUCUGGUGCAAACAUUUCAUGUCCUGUCCAUGAUAUUUGGUCAAGAUAUUGGAAUUAUUUCUUUUCAUUUUCAGACGUUUUGUGUGCUAGUAUACCUGAUCAUACUACUGGUAAAUAAAUCAUUUUGACCAAGCAUAUUAUUAUGUUGCUACUAUAUCUUCUACAUUUUAUUUUCAGACACAGUUUAAAACAUCAAUGUUUUUUGUUUGUUUGUUUGUUUGUAAUCUUAAAUUAUUUGUAAAACAGGGUAUUAUAUGCAUCGGGGAUUGAUUUUGUAAACCAAACUAUUUAUUUCUCACUGAAUGACCAAGGAAUCCAACUCAAUGCCUUUCUUGUAUUGAAUUAAAUAUUUUCAUUUUUACUCAUUUGUGAAGUAGAAUGUUAAUAUAAAAUCAUAAUAAAGUAUGUAUUUGUGUUAAGUGUAAUGACUAUGUCAAAUGUCAGUUUAAUAUCCUCAUGAAUUACAAUUAAACCAAUAUUUAUUAAUUUAUUUCCAAUAGUAGCUGUAUGAAUUUCAAUAGUUAUUAAUAGAUUUUCAAUCCAAUAUAAAAUGAAAUUUUAUAGAAUUCAAGUCAUGAAUUUCGUUGUACCAAUAUUGAUAAAGAUUUGCAAUUGAAGCAGUAUGAAGUAGUGAGUACUGCUUUGAAAGUUUCUGUUGUUGUGUUUUCCUGCUAAACAUUGUAGAGCCAGUGAUGUUUUGUGAUCUGUGAUGACUUUGUGAUCAAAUAAAACUGUAGACUCUUGUUAUGAGUCUGAAGUUGACAA